CCUCAGCAACUAGGCUCUCUUCACACGAGCGCAACCACCACCCCCCACCACUACAAGCGGAAGCGAGCGGCGGCGGCGGCGGCGGCGGCGAUGUCGGGCAGGGGCAAGGGCGGCAAGGGGCUCGGGAAGGGCGGCGCGAAGCGUCACCGGAAGGUGCUCCGCGACAAUAUCCAGGGCAUCACGAAGCCGGCGAUCCGGAGGCUGGCGAGGAGGGGCGGAGUGAAGCGCAUCUCCGGGCUGAUCUACGAGGAGACCCGCGGCGUGCUCAAGAUCUUCCUCGAGAACGUCAUCCGCGACGCCGUCACCUACACGGAGCACGCCCGCCGCAAGACCGUCACAGCCAUGGACGUCGUCUACGCGCUCAAGCGCCAGGGCCGUACCCUCUACGGCUUCGGCGGCUAGGUUAGGGGUCUGUCGAUGUGGUUCGGUUCCAUGGGUAGCCUUAUCGCCUUACAUGUUUUCCGGUAGUUGCUGUAGCGGAGUAGUAGCUGGUUGCUUGGUCCCUUUGGCGUCGGGUGUGUCGAUGUAAGAACCGCUGGUUCGAAGCAAUUGGUCUGGAUGCAGGAUGCUGAUGUAGGAAAUCUGCAGUUCACUUUCAAUUGUUAUUCUACGAAUACUGUUUGUCUCGAAGUAAACUCUGCACAAAUUGUCCUGGAU